AUUAUGUUAUAUUUACAUACCUAUAUUUUUGUUAUUAUAAAAAUAAAUAUCUCUGUAAAAAUUAAGUCGUAGUAAAAAUUAUAUAAAAUAUAAAAAAAAAAAAAAGGAAUUUAAUUAAAUUAAAUUAUGAAUCACGUCUUCAAAAAUUUCAAUCAAUUGGUUAGACCAUCACUAAGAAUAGUGGGAGUAAGAUGUAAUUCUGAUAUUCAUCAUCCUGAGGGACAUGAACCAGCAAUUCCAAGCUACGUUCCUCGUCCUAAUGAAGAUAUCAAGUUGAAAAAAGCUAGGCUACUGUAUCAAUCUCGUAAACGAGGAAUGUUGGAAAAUGGUCUCGUAUUGAGUACAUUUGCAAAAAAAUACUUGGAAACUUUUAACGACAAACAACUCGCUCUUUAUGAUCAAUUGAUAAAUUUACCUUCUAAUGAUUGGGAUUUAUUCUACUGGGCAAUAGGACUCAAACCAACACCAGUUGAAUUCAAUCACGAGAUAAUGGAUUUACUCAAAGCACAUGUGCGAAAUGAUGAUCGACAAUCACGAAUCGUUCAGCCUGAUUUGUAUUAAUUUGAGUAUUUAUAGUCAUUAGCUUUAAAAUAAUAUAAAUUUAUACAUAAAUAUUUUUGUUCGGUUGUGUAGAAAAUUUUAUUCUGAAUAAGAUUAUGUAUAUAUUAUAUAUUUAAGUAUUAUAUAUUUUUCGAGCUCAAUAAAUAGUAAGCCUGUAAUAUA